GGAAGUUGAAGGCACCAAAGCAGGGCAUUGCAAACACGUGUCUUGUUUUGGGUCACUUUGGAGCACGUCUGACCUGGAGUGCAGACGUUGCUGUGAGAAAUGUCCUACUCUCAUAUUGCUAUCGUUUCUCUUUAUUUGGAGUGAAGUUAGUCAUCUCGAGUCAGUGUUACGUUUUAGUAUUUAUUUGUUUUACCUUUUUUUUCGGAGUGCGCUGCAGGAGGAGAUACGGCGAGAUGGAUCCUGGACAGGAUUUACUGCUGGCUGCCCUGAGUGAGAGUGGUAUUUGUCCAAAUGAUUUUGGCCUAUUUGAUGUUGAUUCUCAGGAUGUUGCACAGCCCUCUACAACCCAGCAAUCUAUCUCCAUCAGUGCCCUGGAGGGCGGUGGGACAGAGUCAUUGGAAAUUGUUCGAAAUGAGCAUCCAGCUCCAGUCCCUAUAGUUACUAUCAGGCACAAACCUCAGCCAUCAACCACCACGUUUGUCUUAAAUCAGCUGAAUCAGUUGCCGUCACUAGGAGCUGCUGUGACCAAACAAUCAGUUACAAACCCCAUCAAACAUACCAUAACUGUCACCAAAGUGGUCCAUGUUACUAAUUCAGCCCUGCGAGGAUCUUUGACUUCCUCCUCCACAAGUAUUCCUCCUUCAGUGUCCACAGUAGUGCCUUCUAACAGAGAUCAGCAGAUUCAGUUGAAAGACCUCCUUCGGACUGGCAAUGUGAGGAGCACUGGUCUAAAGGGCAGCAGUCUGAUGGAGCUCAUGAGGCUAAAGCCUCCAUCUAACAUUGCUCCACCAGUAGCAACGGCAACAGCCACAGGUGAAAUGAACAAUGGGAUCAAGAAGGAAGUGUUGGGUAAAGAUGCUGCCAGGAUCUGGAUUAAUGACGACGUUAAAAUGCAAGCCUUUUCACAUUCUCUGAAAAUCCCAGGGAUGAAGGAGGAGGAUGAGCCUGAAGAGGAAGAGGAGGACGAGUUGGGUCAUGCUGAGACAUAUGCAGAGUACAUGCCAAUGAAAUUAAAGAUUGGCCAGCGGCAUCCAGAUCCUGUGGUGGAGACCAGCUCCCUGUCCAGUGUUAACCCUCCAGAUGUGUGGUACAGACUAUCCAUCUCAGAAGAAGUCAUUGAUCGUGGCUGCCUGUCUGCACUGCAGCUUGAGGCAAUAACAUAUGCAGCUCAGCAACAUGAGACAUUCCUCCCCAGUGGUGAUCGAGCUGCCUAUUUGAUUGGAGAUGGAGCGGGUGUGGGGAAAGGCCGGACCAUUGCAGGCGUCAUCCAUGAGAAUUACCUUUUAGGCAGGAAGAGAUCACUUUGGUUUAGUGUCUCAAACGACUUGAAGUAUGAUGCUGAAAGGGAUUUAAGGGACAUAGGAGCCAAAAACAUCCAGGUUCACUCACUGAACAAGUUCAAAUAUGGGAAAAUCUCCUCGAAACACAAUGGCAGUGUGAAGAAAGGUGUGAUAUUCGCCACCUAUUCCUCCUUGAUAGGAGAGAGCCAAUCAGGAGGGAAGUACAAGACCAGAUUUCAACAGCUUCUCCACUGGUGUGGGGAGGAUUUUGACGGAGUUAUCGUGUAUGACGAGUGUCACAAAGCCAAAAAUGUCUGUCCAAUCGGAUCAUCCAAACCUACAAAAACUGGUCUUGCCGUGUUGGAACUGCAGAACAAACUCCCUAAGGCUCGGGUUGUGUAUGCAAGUGCUACAGGUGCCUCUGAACCGCGAAAUAUGGCCUAUAUGAAUCGUCUGGGCAUCUGGGGGCAUAAAACACCUUUCCGAGAAUUUGCCAACUUUAUCCAAGCUGUUGAGCGCAGAGGUGUUGGUGCCAUGGAGAUAGUAGCCAUGGACAUGAAACUGAGGGGGAUGUACAUUGCAAGGCAGUUGAGUUUUACAGGUGUGACUUUUAAGAUUGAGGAAGUUCCCCUGACUCCGCAAUACAUCAAAAUGUACAACAAAUCUGUGAGGCUGUGGGUGACUGCACGUGAGAAGUUCCAACAGGCAGCGAACCUGAUGGAUGCAGAGCAGCGCAUGAAGAAGUCCAUGUGGGGCCAGUUCUGGUCUGCGCACCAGAGGUUCUUCAAAUACCUCUGCAUUGCCUCCAAAGUCCGCAGAGUGGUCCAGCUGGCCCGACAGGAGGUCCAAAAUGGAAAGUGUGUGGUGAUCGGUCUUCAGUCCACUGGAGAAGCAAGAACACUUGAGGCCUUGGAGGAAGGAGGCGGAGAGCUCAAUGACUUUGUGUCAACUGCAAAAGGUGUGCUGCAGUCCCUGAUUGAGAAGCACUUUCCAGCUCCAGACAGACAGAAGCUUUACACCCUGCUAGGUAUCGACCUCUCAGCUAAGAAGACUCCCUCUCCCAGUGAGACUGCAGCACAACCAGAACAGAAGGGCAAGAAAAGGAAAGGUUCUGAGAUCAAAAAUCAGUCGAAAAAGAAGCCUCGCAAGCAUGGUGGUUUGUCGGGUACCAGCUCCGAGGAGAGCCAGUCGGAGGAGUCAGAAAGAGAGUCUGAUAAAGACAGUGACGACAGCUUCAAAUCUGUCAGCUCGGGGGACGAAGAUGAUGAUUUCAACCCAUUCAGAGACGAGUCUAAUGACGAUGAAGAAGAUGAUCCUUGGCUCAUCAGGAAAGAACCAAAGAAGGAGAAGAAGAAGAAAAAGAGAAGGAGGAGUAUUGAUCCAGAUUGCAUUCAAAGUGCCUUGUUAGCCUCUGGGCUGGGGUCCACCAGGCCUGCUUUCACUGCCCCUGUUAUCCCCCCCAGCACACCUGCCAUAGUCAAGGUAGAGAGUCAGGAUAGCUGCCUAACAAGUCAGGACGCAGUGGAAAAUGCCCAGAAAAUGAAGAAAGAUCUGCUGGAAAAACUUGAUGAUCUAGCAGAGGAUCUACCUCCCAACACUCUGGACGAGCUGAUAGAUGAGCUGGGAGGACCCGAGAACGUAGCUGAGAUGACUGGCCGCAAAGGUCGCGUAGUCAGCAAUGACGAUGGCACCAUCACCUAUGAAUCUCGCUCUGAGCUGGAUGUCCCUGUGGAAAUACUCAAUCUCACCGAGAAGCAAAGGUUCAUGGAUGGAGAGAAGAACAUAGCCAUCAUCUCGGAAGCUGCCAGCUCCGGUAUAUCCCUGCAGGCCGAUCGUCGAGUGAAGAACCAGCGGCGGAGAGUCCACAUGACACUGGAGCUACCGUGGAGCGCAGACAGAGCGAUACAGCAGUUCGGGAGAACUCACAGGUCAAACCAGGUCACAGCUCCAGAAUAUGUCUUCCUUAUAUCGGAGCUUGCAGGAGAGCAGAGAUUUGCGUCCAUCGUUGCCAAAAGACUAGAGAGCCUGGGCGCUCUCACUCACGGAGACAGAAGAGCAACAGAAACUCGAGAUCUCAGCAGGUUUAAUUUUGACAACAAAUAUGGCAGAAAUGCUCUGGAAAUUGUGAUGAAGUCGAUCGUAAAGCUAGACUCUCCAUUAGUGUCUCCAGCCUCUAACUUUAAAGGAGAUUUCUUCAAAGAAAUUCAAUGUGGAUUAAUAGGUGUGGGCCUCAUAAAUAUUGAGGACAGAUUUGGCGCAAUGUCAUUGGACAAAGACUACAACAACAUGGGGAAGUUCCUGAACCGUAUUUUGGGUAUGGAGGUCCAGCAGCAAAAUGCCUUGUUCCAGUACUUUUCUGACACAUUGGCAGCAGUUAUUCAGGAAGCCAAGAAGAAUGGCAGAUAUGACAUGGGCAUUCUCGAUCUGGGCUCUGGGGAUGAGAAGGUGAAGAAGAUAGACUGCAGGAAAUUCCUAACACCGGGCUACACCACAUCAGGACAUGUGGAGCUCUACAACGUGGGUGUGGAGAGGGGGAUGUCGUGGGAGGAAGCCACUCAUGCUUGGGCAGAUCAGAAUGGAGGUGAUGAUGGCUUCUAUGUCCAGAUGAGGAACAACAAGAAAACAGCCAUACUGGUCAAAGAGGUGAACCCCAAGAAGAGGCUCUUCCUGGUUUACAGGCCGAACACCGGCAGACAACUCAAACUGGAGACGUACACAGACAUCAAGAAGAAGUUUAAAAAGGUUUUGUCAGAUGACGCCAAGCAGCACUGGACUGACCAGUACCUGUCGUCAGCAAAGAUCUGCUCUCAUGCAUAUUGGCGGGGUAACUGUAAGAAAGCUUCAGUGGGUCUUCAGUGUGAAGUUGGUCUUCGAUGUCGGACGUACUACGUUCUGUGUGGCUCGGUGCUCAGUGUGUGGAAUGAACUGGAGGAAGUGCUUACCCCGGUCAGUGGAACCAAUGUGAAGGUGCAGAUUGUCCGCCUCAGAACAGAAGAUGGACAGAGGAUAGUUGGACUCAUCAUUCCAGUGAACUGUGUUUCUGCAUUAAUUAACAAGCUGUCAACGUCGGACCAGAGCCAGCAGCUCGCUGUGCAAGAGCUGCAGAAACGGCAGCAGCUCCAUCCCCAAAGUCUCAGUCAUGCACCCAACACAUAGUUUAGGGUGGACCGCGUUAAAUCCAGUCUCAAGUUCACGUCCCAUUUUAAAGGGAUCUGACUCAUGAGCCUCUAUCUCUGCACUGCAGGCUCCAGGACCACUGUCCCUUGUUCUGCACCGUCACGCCCCCCCAAUUGUCUCUGAGGGUCCGAGGUGUCACACCAAGCUGUGGUGAUUCUCAGAUGUAAAGCAGUGGUUGUACAGAGAAAAGAUUUCAGGGUUUUUUCUUUUCUUUUUUUUAAAUCUCCAGAGACUCCUGUUUUCACCUAGAGAGAUUUUGUUGGGUGAUGUUUUGUCCUCUGACAUUCAGAGUGAAAAGAUUUGUGAUAUAUUGAUCAAGACAGAGUUGAAAUUUAGAGGGCAUGUUGGCCUGUGGCUGAGUUAUUCACUCUUCACACAUGCUUUAAGCUGUUCAGUCCGGACUACCUGGUAUGAAGCAAAGACUUCUUUUCUUGGUUCAGACCAAAGGUGGAUGAAACAAAGAACACUGUCGUGUUGAAAGUCUGAGAACUACAUUGGACUCAUUGAAGAAACUGGCAUUUAAUGCUAAACUACAAUCUCAUUUUAAUAUAUGAUUAAAACUGUUUAGUUUUGCGCUCCUCAGACAUGAUUCACUUGGAUUGAUUAGAAAAGGUGAUGCAGAACAUUAGUCCAGUUAACUACAGGGAAAGCGAUACGUGCUGGUAAUUUUCUGAUUAUCACUAGUCGUUGUAUUCCCUUGUAAAUCAUUUCUCAGAAUCCAAUUGCAUCAUAAUCACAGACAAGUCUGCUUUGUACAUGGAUCUAAAAAUGUAUAAAAAUUCCUUGGUUUGUUAAAUUUCAAACUUCAUUAUUUUGUUCCUCUUUAUCCAUAUUGUAACAUUAAAGGGUAGGUUCACAAUUAUCUGUGUAAAUCAUACAAAUGCUUAAAACAGUUUUUUUUUCUUGCUGUGAUCAUUCCUCCUGCUGUUCAUCAAGAGAUCGUUUCCUAAUGCAAGUUUAAUGGAAGUGAUGGAGAACAACAUCCAGAGUCCUCUCUGUGCAGACAUGUUUUCUCAAGUUGAUAUGAGGCUUCAGUAGACUUGAGUUAGCCAGAGGUUUAAGGUCAGAUAAACUUUUCAUUACAUGUUUGGACAAAAACAGGACUGUGGAUUUUGUCUUCCAUCACUUGCAUUGAAAGCGCUUUAGGAAGAGGUAUUUUAUCAGCUAGAAGAAGAACCAGAAGAAAGAAGAUUAUAACAAUCAAAACCUGACUGAGAAAUUGUAAACCUUUCCUUUAACAGUUGCCUGUAGUACAAAUGGCUCCUGUAGUCGGGCACCUUUUUACAAAGCACUAACACGUCAGACUUUGACUCAUGAAAGAUUUGAUUAUUUUAGUGUCAGCUGGUCUGGUGAUUUCUAUUUAUAGCGCAUGAAAGAGAAAUGAUUCCCAAAGAUAAUAUUGAAACACUAUUGUUAUCAGCAAACCAGGUUUUCUCUUCAGACCGCUGCGAUCAACACAAGUGUAUUCAUCAUAAAUGAAAACGGCCCCCAUUUUUAUUUAGCACUUGUAUGCAGAAUUCACUCGGUUAUUAAAUGGUUUACAACACACUAUAAUGUAGUUAUAAGGACAUUUUAAACCUCCUAUGAAGACAUGUUUUAUAUUACAACUUUGUUUUUACCACAUUAUCAUCGUUGUCUGUUUGUACAGCAGCCUCCAGUUAUGUGCUCACAGGAGGAGUUAUAGUUGAUACAUAUGUUAAUAAACACAUCUGCUUACAAAUACAUUAGAAUGUGUUACAAACCAUUUACUAAAUAUUGAUAUACUGCGUGUACAUGCUAAAUGGAGAAAUGACUGUUGUUGUAAAGCAGUAAAUGAUUCCAGCUCCCGUCUCCAGAGUAUGAAAAUACUUUUCUUUGUAGUUUGUGUUGUAGGUCGAAACCACCUUUUGUCUUUACCUUGACUUGUGUCUGAGUAAAAAUAUGGUGUGAUGUCAGUGAUAGCUUGCUGUACUAACUCAUUCAAAGGACAGGAAACAUGUUUACAGUUACAAUUAUAUACAGUAAAGCAGCUGAGGAAUUGUGUGAAAUCCUUGAAGAGCAUCACUUCUUGAUUUUCAAACACUUUUCAGAGCAGCACUGCUCGGCCUCGGAUGUUUUUAUUUUUAAUGGUGUUCUGCUCAGGGGUUAAACUCGUACAUAGACCCUCUUUGAAAAAUGAAACGAAGACGCAUCUUUAGAGUUUGACAAAGUAUCCAAAAUGCAUGACCUUAACUCAAAAUGCUCCUUCGACAUGUUCUCCGUAAUGUUCCUCUGCUGUUGGCCCGUAUCUUCGCAGUACCUGUUUCAAACGUCUCUCUAAGUCCUCUGCUGUCUUGAGCCAAGCUGUGAUUAAAAUGGACGAUUGCUUCUGAUUGAAUAGUGAACCUCUUCUGUUGUCCCCUGUCCUAUGUUGCAUUAUGUUAGAACUGCACUGGAAGGCACAGACCAAAGUCUGGAAACACAAGCUGUCCUAAGAGCUGAUAAUUACACAGAUGGGAUGUGUUUUCUAUCACAGUAUGCUCAGACACAUUGUUAACCUGUGGAUUAGUUAAUGUUGAUAACUGUAUUCUCUUUUCUUGAUUGAAGCCUUUAGAAAUGAGUGAAAAGGAGUCUUUGUAUCAUACCGAUGUGCAUUUUGUACACUUUCUAAAAGGAUAAUAAACAAAUUCUGUCAGACAGAACUGGGAGAAACUUUA